UGACCCCAACCCCCACAACAUUUACAUUUACAUUUAAGUAAUUUAGCAGACACAACCCCUCUUCCCAUUUGACCAAUAAGAUGAGUAGAAAAAAGAUGCUUCUCUUGCUCGGCUUGCAAAAUUAUUUUGCAUCCCCUGACCUGCAAGUUUAGUAAUAUAAUCUGACAUUCACUAUUUCAGAAUCAGGUUCUCAACAGAUGCAUCGCCAUAGAAUACUGCAUGAAAAUAGACCAGAAACCAGGUCAUAAAAUAAUGGUACCAGUCCACUUUCAACAACUCUCUCUCUCUGGCCCAUUUAUGUGUAUCCUGAUCCCCUUGCUGUUUCCCCACAGUACAAGCAGAAGAAAAACCCUCUGUACAGUGUGCUGAAGGAGGAGACCAACUGGUUCAUGGACUGAUUUAACACCUACAUCAAUGACAAGCUCAGGGUUGACAAGGGCCUGCCUAGGGAAUGGGUGCUGGGUACUAGGUUUGGCUGUUGAAGAUUAACUGUAACCCAGUCCACCACACCAACUGCAAGGUCCUGAAGGAAGUGAUUCCCAGUACUGUUGAGGACACUUCAGUGCGGUGCAGAAGCUGUGGGGAUGGGUGCAGAUGGAGGCAAAUGGUACAGUAUAGUUAGUGUGAGGACUAGGGCCUGAGGGUGAAGGAAAGAGUUCUCGGUCUGUCUGGACUGGACUAGGCUGCAAGAGGAGAGGAGAGGGCUACCUGGUCAUGGGAUGCUGUAGUGUGACUCAGAGAGGAGCGCAUUCUGGGAUUGACGAGGUGGGCCCUGACGAGAUCGAGCUUCUGGAGAUUGACAACUCAGGGAUGUGGACUCUAGGAGAGAGCAGGCUUCAGCUCUCUGUGAGGAAUGGAAAAGACGGUCCAACCUCUCGCUACCCUUCAGUGAGACACCUCGAUCAGGAGAUUGUGCUAUGGGGCAGGAGCAGAGAGGAGCUAUACCACAGCAUAUACAACCAGCCCAUCCGUGAUUGGGAGGGCCAGCCUGCACACAUGUAUGGAGAGAUAGUGCACUCCUCCCGUGUGUCUCUCCACAACAGCUACACACAGGAGACAAGUGAACACUAUCUGGUGCUGUUCUCCUUCCACUUAUUGAUUCUAUAUGUGGAUCCCUCUCGUCAAGACUUUAUCUACGAGGGCAUCCUGCCUCUCUCUGGACUGUCUUUCCAAGCCACCUCACUGGACUCCAACAAGCAACACAUAUUCCAGAUCAGUGGUCCAAUGGUGGACUCCAAAGUCUUCACCUGUGCCAGUGCAGCCGAGCUGAACAAAUGGAUACACCACAUGGAGGAGAGGAGAUACAAAUCCAUUAGCCAACCGCUAAGCCCCUCCAGCUGUGCGCUGUCUUACCUGGUACCCUGCGAUGAGAACUGGAAGAAAGAGGAACUGAAAAAGUAUUUACUGCAAGCCCCAAUAAGGCACUGGGAAGGGGCCCCCAUCCAGCACAUGGGCCAGCCAGGAUACAUAUCCAUGGUCCGCAUCUUCAAUACACAGAGACAGGGACUUCAUGAGCGGCUACUCGUACUCUUCCCUCAAGAUGUCCUCCUGCUCUCUGUGGAUAACGAGCGCCUCAGUGUGAAAUAUGAGGGUAAAUUGUCUCGGAAAAGCAUCGCAGCCGUGGAGAGGUCUGCAUUACCUGGGAGGCUGGAAUUUGAGUUAACAGGUGAACUGAUGGAGCCGCUGCAGGUAUCCUGCACCUGUCCUGAAGACUAUCAGAACUGGAUCUUCCAGCUACAACAGCUGGAAAAAAAACUCCAAGCUACCUCAAACCACACGGCUCCACCCCUCAUGCCGAAAAAACUGUGGAGCAGGAAGGAGUCCCGGGAACCAAUGACAGUAGCACAAGACUGAGACUCACUGGCCAAUGGCCUCACUCAAUAGAAGACUCAUGCCUCUUUUCAUCAAUAGACACUGAAAUUGUGGAUAGCAUGUACUGUAUACAGUGUAUAUGCAUACAUUAUUCAGUCGGGUACAAUGAAAUGAAGAGAUUCUGGUGAAAUUUCUUAUGCUGUAGGUUACUGUCUGUAGAACUCUGCUUCACUAGUGACAGUAAUAGCAAUGGAUAGGCUAAAUUGGGAGUAUAUUUUUAGUGCACUGAUCUUACAAUAUUUUUCGUCAAAUCGCUAUUUAAACCAAAAUAGAAAAUGUAGUGCUGUUCAUGACCUUUUCCAUAUUUUCUAUUAGGUUGUUCUUGAUACUGUAUGUACAAACUCAAUAAAAACUUUUUUUUCAUCACUA